AACUAGUGGACGUGGCUACAAUUUUCUUUUGCAGCUUUGGGUUUCCGUGCGACUAAAGACACAAAUUCUAUAAAAAUGGAACGAGUUUAUGCAAUGCCUUUUACUGUUUUGGAAUGUCCACAUUUGAAGCUCAAAAAACCAUCAUGGUUCCAUGCGCCAUCUGCAAUGACAGUUUACUUCUUCGUUUUAGCUUCAUACUUCUUAGUGACGGGAGGUGUUAUCUAUGAUGUUAUUGUUGAGCCUCCAAGUGUAGGAUCUACAACAGAUGAAAAUGGACAUCAAAAACCAGUUGCUUUCAUGCCAUACCGAGUGAAUGGGCAGUACAUCAUGGAGGGCUUAGCAUCCAGCUUUCUCUUUACUAUUGGAGGGCUAGGUUUUGUUGUGCUUGAUAAAUCCAACUCCAACGUGAUGCCCAAACUCAACCGUUUCCUUCUCCUGCUAGUAGGCUUCCUCUGUAUCCUCACCUCUUUCUUCAUGUGUAGAGUGUUCAUGAGGAUGAAGCUUCCGGGUUAUCUCCAAGGGUAGUCAUCUUCUCUGACGUCAUCAUUCCGUAGUUCAGCCGGGUCCAUCGUAGAACAAUGUAGAAAAUAUAUAUGGAAUCACUCUUAGUUUAGAUUUUAGUAGCUUUUCAGAUAUAACAAUUUAAAAAUAAUUUGGGACAAUGCUAAUAGCAAGAGCAGUGGGACACGCUAUUUAAAGUCAGUAAAAGGUUAUAUUUUGAUCAGAUUAUAGUAGUUAUAUUACUGACUUACAAGUUUAUACCAGUCUUGUUGAGCUUUUCAGGAUUAGUCUUUGUCCGUGCCUUAUUUCUUUUUAGUUUUGUCCCGUCUGUAAUAUACAUGUUUUCCCAGUCUUCAAGCAAUAUUAGGAACUUUUUU